GUUGACACAAAAACCAACGCAUAUUAAAAUUGAGAGGUAGCAUUUAUAAUCCUCCCACUAGACUUCCCAGUGGGUGGAUCACACAUUUGUGAUGAAUGUGUAAUCGCGACAUUGCAAAUUUUGCAUAGCAACUUCUCCGUAGGCUGCGAAAAUGUCACAGGAUAGUAAAUGUCGAGUCUACGUAGGCAACCUCUCUUGGAGAGUAAAGUGGCAAGAUCUUAAGGAUCACAUGAAACAAGUGGGAGAAGUAAUUAGGGCUGAUAUCAUAGAAGACUUCGAUGGCAAAUCAAAGGGCUGUGGAAUCGUCGAAUUUGUAGAUGAAAUAACCGCACAAAGAGCAAUGGACGAGCUCAAUGACACUAUGCUAUUUGAUCGGCCUAUUUUUGUAAGAGAAGAUAGAGAGAAUGCAUACAAUUUCCGUAAUACCAGGAGGCAAAAUAUGAAUAGAGAUUGGCCACCAUACAGAUCAAUUAGAGGACCUGCUGGUGAUAUGGGCGGCAUAUGUAUCGUCGUUACAAACUUGCAAUGGAGAACAUCGUGGCAAGAUCUUAAAGACCUUUUCAAAACGUGCGCACCUAUCAACAGAGUGGACAUCUUAACUAGAGAAGAUGGCAAAUCAAGAGGUGUAGCAAAAGUAUACGUUCAAUGUGAAGAAGACGCAAACGCCCUCAUAAGUACCUAUGAUGGCUAUGUCCUUGACGGAAGAGAAAUAUGCGUCAAAUACGACGAAAGAGGAACAUAAUACAUCACACGUUCUAACUU